CAUAUUCCAGCUGUCAAAAGCAGUUGAGAAAAAAAUAAUACAGAGAGCGGCAGGGAGGGAGCGAGUGAAAAGUCGAAGCUGCCGACAGUGUGCAGCAAGCUCUACAACCAGUGGGAGAGAAAGAGAGAGAGAUGGCUGGGAAUGAAGGUGGAUCCUGCAGUCCUGCUCUGUUGAAGUUAGCGUUGGGCGUAAUGGCUCUAUGCAUAACCGGCUACAUUCUAGGACCUCCCUUGUACUGGCACUUAUUGGAAGGCUUAGCCGCCGUCAGUCACUCCUCGUCUUCCUUCCCCGCCUGCCCUCCUUGCCUCUGCGAUUGCUCUUCUCAGCCUCUUCUUUCCAUUCCACACGGACUCAGCAAUGCUUCGUUUGCAGAUUGUGCAAAGCAUGACUCGGAGGUGAGCGAAGACACAGAAAAGAAUUUUGCAGAGCUCUUGCAAGAGGAACUAAAGUUACGAGAAGCUGAAGCUUUGGAAAAUCACAAGCGUGCUGACAUGGCUCUACUUGAGGCUAAGAAGAUGACAUCCCAGUACCAAAAGGAGGCAGACAAGUGCAAUUCGGGGAUGGAAACCUGUGAAGAAACAAGGGAGAAAUCUGAAGCAGCAUUAGUGGCACAAAAAAAACUGACAGCAAUGUGGGAGCUGAGGGCUCGUCAGAGAGGAUGGAAGGAAGGGGCUGCGAAGUCUCGUGCUCUGUCUCGGUGAUUUCGAGGUCAAGUUGGACAACCAAAGGGGCUUCUCUUCGGUCAUAUUAGUAAUUUUGUUUGCUAUCAGAAUGGUGGAUUUUUAUGGGGCCUCGUUUCAAUGCCUGUGAGACUACCAUGAGUGUGGUCGACUACUGUGUACUAUCUGAUUUUAAUUUUUCUGAUUCUUCGUCGAGCGUGGAACUCUGCAGCAUGGAGAGUUUAGAGGCAGGCGAUCUGCACAGAGGAGCCGGCCUUGACCAUAUUUGGUUGAAGUUUCUACUGGUUAGACACUGAAUAUAGAUAUAGAUUGCAGUUAAAUGCCCUACUAACCAUUUGGGCUAAUGAAAAUGGAGAGCCAGAUUCUUGUUAUCAUUUAAAUUCAAAUUUACCAUACUUGGAUGUAGUUGGAAUGUUGAUAGCUGUGCAUUGAAAUUAUACGUGAAAUUUUAAA